CGUACUGCGGCCCCACAGCCAAUCCGGAAGCGCGUAUCGGGUUCAAAUUGAGUCGGCGGGUCAAUGUGACUAAAUCGAUUUAGUCAGAAAAGCGAUCAAAUUGAAGAUGUGGAGGGUUAAGACACUGAAUCUCGGCUUGUCGCCUUCGCCCCAACCGGGAAAACCAGCUAUGAGAACUCCUCUCCGAGAGCUGAAACUGCAGUCCGGGGCCCUCACCAAUUCAGAGAAAAGGCCGCCGCCGAUGUUCUCCUCGUUGACCCCAUACCUGUGCAAGCUGGAGCUGAAGGAAAGGAACAGCAACUUAUCUCCAGUGGAUUUUAUCAGUCCUGAGAACAACUGCCUUUCAGAACAGGCCAGUCCUUCAAAGUCCACAGAAGCUUGUCAGCGAGAAUCUGACCCACCUCCCGAGAGCGCCUUUCCUCUUGGUACAUCAGAGAAAGCAGCAGACACAAUGGAUGACUUUGUAGUAGAACCAAUGGAUGAAAGUCUAAUUGAGACCAUGGUUCUUCUACCCUUCCCGCUAGGGCAGCAGCAAGACCUGAUGCUUGAGGCCCCCUUAGAUACCAGAGCAGAGAUAAACAGCAGCUCUCUAAAGGAGUCUUCGAGGCUGGAGGAUCUGGUGGAGAAGGAGGUGGUGCCCUGUAUGGAAGACAGCUUUAUAGAAGUUGUUUCUGUUAGGCCUGAGCAGCCUACAUCUCAGGACCCUCCGUCUCACCUCCCGGAAUAUCCACCAGAACCCUGUUCUGAACAGUUCCACUGCUCUGAAGAAAACCUACAAGGCGUUAACACUGAAGCUGCAACUGAGCACUUAGUACCUUCUGAAAAUGUCUUGACUUUCUCUGUGGCCUUGACUGAAGAUUUACCCGUUGAUCACGUAGAUCCAGGGGAGGAAACUGUUGAGUACAGAGUUAAACAGGAAACAAGCUUUCCCACAUUCCCUGAGGAGGUUAAAUCGGGAUAUCAAGCACUGGCUGCAAAUGCAGAAGACGUCCCAUCUGUAUCUCUGACAUCAAGUCUAGUGGAAAUGGGACCCCAGGAAGCUCCAGGCCCAACUAGAGAAGAUGCUAGUAGGAUUCCUGGCUUAGAUUCAGAGACUUGGAUGUCCCCACUGGCCUGGCUAGAAAAUGGUGUGAAUACAUCAGUCAUGCUACAGAAUCUCCGCCAGAGGCUAUCCUUUCCCGCUGUGCUUCAGGAUGCAGCCGUUGGCAAUACACCCCUCUCCACCUGUUCUGUGGGAACUUCUUUUACUCCUCCAGCACCAGCAGAAGCAGGCACCAAGCACAGUGCUUCAGAAUCAGAGCGCCUCCUCUUGGGCUGCGGUCCUCUGGAUCUGACUGCCUUGUCCCGACACGACCUGGAAGAGAACCUGUUGAACUCCCUUGUUAUGCUGGAAGUUCUUUCCCACCAGCUACAAGCCUGGAAGAGGCAGCUCCCUCUCCCUCACCAGGACUCUCAAGACGGUAGCACACAGACUGACAGCUCUCCGAGUGAGGUCACUAAGACACCUAAACUUCUUCAGGACAGCAAAGAGAUUAGACAGGCCCUGCUGCAAGCCAGGAAUGUCAUGCAAUCAUGGCUGCUAGUCUCUAGAGAGUUGAUAUCCUUUCUGCACCUGUCCCUGACACACAUGACAGAAGACAGGAUGACAGUGAGUCAGGAGUCUCAGCGUGCGGACACCCUGAUUUCCUCCUGCUCUCAUGUCCUGAAGAAGCUGAGGGCAAAGCUCCAGAGCCUCAGAACAGAAAGGGAGGAGGCGAGGCACAGAGAGGAAAUGGCCCUGAAAGGCAAAGAUGCGGCAGAGGCAGUACUGGAGGCUUUCCGUGCACAUGCCAGCCACCGCAUCAGCCAACUGGAACAGGAUUUGACAUCAAUGCGGACAUUCAGAGGCCUUCUACAGGAGGCCCAGACCCAACUGACAGAGCUUCACACAGAGCAGGAGGAGCUGGCUCAGCAGACAGUGAGUCUGACUUCUGCCUUGCAGCAGGACUGGACAUCAGUCAAACUGGAUUAUGGGACAUGGGCAGCUUUGCUGAGUCGGGCUCGAGGACUCACAGAGAAGCUCACAAUCAAGAGCCGGCAGGCCCUUCAGGAGUGUGAUGCUGCAGUCGAGGAAAAGAAGCAGGUUUCAAAGGAGCUUGAACAAGUCUCUGCCCAUCUAGAGGAUUGUAAAGGCCAAAUAGAACAGCUGAAGUUGGAAAAUAGUCACCUUACCACAGAGCUCCAGGCUCAGCUGCAGAGUCUGACUAGCACAGAGAGCCAGCUGAAAGACCUACAGAGUCAGCAUACCCACUGUGUCCAGGACCUGGCCAUGAAGGAUGAGCUGCUGUGUCAGCUUACCCAGAGCAACAAGGAGCAGACUGCUCAAUGGCAAAAGAAAGAAAUGGAACUACAACACACACAAGCACAGCUGCAGCAGCAGCGGGCUGUGCUGGCCAAGGAGGUGCAGGAUCUGAAGGAGACCCUGGAGUUUGCAGACCAAGAGAGUCAAGUUGCUCACCUGGAGCUGGGCCAGAUUGAGUGUCAGCUGAGAGGCACACUAGAAGUGCUGCGGGAGCGCAGCCUGCAAUGCGAGACCCUCAGGGACACUGUGCAGAACCUGAAGGCUGAGCUGGCCAGCACUACAGCAAGGCAUGAGAAACAGGCCCUGGAGAAGACAUCCCAGCAUUCUCAAGAGCUGAGGUUGCUGACCCAGCAGCUACAGAGUCUCAGCCUCUUCUUACAGGCAAAGCUAAAGGAGAACAAGGCUGAAUCCGAGGUCAUUCUACCCAGCACAGGCUGUGCUCCAGCCCAGGAACACCCUCUACCCAAUGACAGUACCAUUUCAGACAAUACCCUGACAGCAGUGGCAGAUGAAGAGCCAGAACCGGUCCCCGUGCCAUUGCUUGGAAGUGAUAGGAGUGCUUUCACCCGAGUAGCAUCAGCCAUGUCCCCCCGGCCUACAGAGACCCCAGACCUGGAGAAGAGCCUGGCAGAGAUGAGUACUACGUUACUGGAGCUUCAGAGUCUGUGUUCUCUGCUGCAAGAGUCUAGAGAAGAAGCCGUUGGGGCCCUGCAGAGAAAAAUCUGUGAACUGCAGACCAGACUGCAGGACCAAGAAGAAGAGCACCAGGAAGCCCAGAAGGCAAAGGAUGCAGACAUAGAGAAGCUGAACCAGACCUUGUGCUUGUGCUACAAGAAUGAAAAGGAGCUCCAGGAAUUGAUACAGAAGCAGAGCGAGAAGAUCCUCGGGCAGAUAGACAAGAGUAGUGAGCUCAUAAGUCUCAGGAAGGAGGUGACUGAGCUCACACAUUCACUGCGGCAUGCAGAGACAGAGAAUAAAGUGCUCCAGGAAGCCCUGGAGGGCCAGCUAGACCCUAGCUGUCAGCUGAUAGCUACUAACUGGAUCCAGGAGAAAGUGUCUCUCUCACAGGAAGUGGACAAGCUGAGGGUCAUGUUCCUCGAGAUGAAAAAUGAGAAAGCAAAACUGAUGGUCAGGUACCAGAGCCAUAGGAACAUCCUUGAGGAGAACCUUCGGCGCUCUGACACUGAGUUAAAGAAACUUGAUGACACCAUUCAGCAUAUUUAUGAGACUCUGCUGUCUGUCCCCGAUGUAGUGAAGAGCUGCAAGGAGCUGCAAGGAUUGCUGGAGUUUCUGAGCUAACGAACGGAAAGAGUGGGCUAGUGCUGUGCACCUGUACUUCCAGAGGCCGAGGCAGGAGGAUUGUUUACUCUCAGGAGUUUGAGACUAGCGCCGACAACCUGUCAAAGAAAUCGAAAGCUGAACUCCACUUGGUUCCCUUUUCCUUCAGGGUCCCUUAUCCCCGGUAAUAGGACUAACUGGGAUAGGGCCAACUGUGUUUUAUGCUAUUUAAAUAAAGUAUA